ACAUCUGGCCAGAGGCUCGGGUGGGAAACCUGUAGGCUGUGGCGCUGCCGGUUGGAUUGUGCUGUACCGUCGGUAGCUUUCUCCUGGUUGGGAAGAGUGGUGGGCAGGGAACUGCGUCGAGGGAUCUCUCGGUUGAGGCGGCGCGCGCGAAUGUAUUGGAGAGGCAGGUUCUGCAGCUACGGGCUAGGUCUUACUCACCAGCUUCACGGUUCGCUCUCGUCCUGUCGGAGAGUCAAGAGUGGCUUGGAGGCUUCUUGGAAUUGGGAAAACAUCGAACGGCUUCCUGUUCCCCGACCCGUCCUCCUGGGAAGCCCUUCGUCACGGUGGUGGGCCGGGUGGAAGGAAGGGUUUGCUCUCCCAGCCCGCUACUGUAUUAUGUAUAUUUCCCUGAAAUUACUUACAUUUAUCACCAGCGUUUCGAUUGGCCGACAACGUCGUCUACACUACCCACAAUAACACAGUACAGUUCACGGAGGAGUACAGUGCACACCCUGCCUCCGGCGGCAACGGAACGGGUAUGUCGAUCCGCCACACGGCCAGAUGUGACAGGUGACUCGGCCAUGCCCUUC